AUGGCGUUACGUAUAUAUAUAUAUCCAUAUUUAUUUUGAUACAUAUUGUCAUAUAAAAAUAACAAAUAAAGCAUUCUGUACAUUUCAAAUAUAGUCAUAUAAAUUUAUAAUGGCACUUGUUUCCAAUAUAAUUUCAUCCAUUUCACAAAAAGUAACCAAAUUUGGAUUAAAUUCAAAUGCUAUUAAUUGGGAAUGUGUCAGGUAUGCAUCAAAGAAAGCAGGCAGCUGUACGAAAAAUAAAACUAUUAAAACAAGACCAAAGUUAAGAGGUUUGCGUGUUAGCGAUGGUGAGUUUGUACAGGCAGGAAAAAUGCUCGCUACUCAAUUGAGACCUAGAUUUCAUCCUGGGCUAAAUGUAGGUUGUGGAAAAAAUGGAACAUUGUUUGCUAUGGAGAAAGGAAACGUGAUGGUAACUUGCGAGAAGGUUAAUCUCAAUUGGGAUCAUCCUUGGGUGAGAUUAAAUUAUGCAAAUCGAGAAGGACAAACCAUUUAUAAGAAACAUGUGAAUGUAAUACCCGAACCUCAGCACAAUCGUUUUAAACUAAUCAAUACUAUUUGAAUUCGUAAACUAAUAGAAUUUAGUUGAGUCAUUUUUAUAGAACAUUUAUUUUAAUGCGAAAACAUCUAAAGUAAAUAGUGCAAUUAUUUCAUAUUUUUUCAUAGUUAAAAAUAAUAAUCAACAAUAACAGAUGUUUAGGAGGUAUAGAAAUUUACUUUACAUGACAAU